CUCGACGCCAUUUCGUGCAUUCGUCUGUUGGUCGGUGUCUACUGAACGAGCUGGUACGGACUGUAUCCACAAAACAGUACAGCACCGAAUUUUAAUCAUUUUUAGUCUUAAACUCCCGUUUUUGAGGCAGCUUUUUUGACCCGCGUCAAUCCAAUCAGGCAGACAGACGACUCGACCUGAAUUACAGACAGAAUGGAUCAUUCCCCCACAACCAGCAGCCUGAUGGCCAGCAACGUCACCAACAAGACGGAUCCACGUUCGCUGAACUCCCGGGUCUUCAUCGGGAACCUCAACACCAUGCUGGUGACCAAGGCUGACGUGGAGGCCAUCUUCAGUAAGUACGGGAAGAUUGUGGGCUGCUCCGUGCACAAAGGCUUUGCUUUCGUCCAAUAUGCCAACGAGAGGAACGCCAGAUCUGCUGUCGCUGGCGAAGACGGGCGUAUGAUCGUCGGACAGGUGCUCGAUAUUAAUCUGGCUGGUGAGCCAAAACCUCAUCGGUCAAAGACUAUUAAGCGCUCUGCAGGAGAUAUGUACAGUUCUUCAUUUGAUCUGGACUAUGACUUUCAGAGAGAUUAUUAUGACAGGAUGUACUCGUACCCGUCGCGUGUUCCCCCUCCUCCUCCUCCGCUCUCACGGGCCGUGAUUCCCUCUAAACGUGCGCGGGUGAGCGUGAGCGGCGGAGGCAGCCGCAGGACCAAGAGCAGCUUCUCCUCUAAGAGCAGCCAGCGCACGUCCCGCACCAUGAGAGCUGAUGAUCUACAGACCAUUAAGAAGGAGCUGACUCAGAUUAAACACAAAGUGGACUAUCUGCUGGAGAGCUUAGAGCGCAUGGAAAGAGACCACAGCAAGAAAUCGGAGGUGAAGAGCGCCAAACCAGAUGAAGUCUCACCACAGCACUCCAGCGGCAAGAAAGAGCGCGAGAGCACAGAAAUGAACGACUACGAGGACGAGGGAGACCUGCUGGAGGAAGAGGAGAUCAAGAGUCGAGGAAGGGAGGAUGAUGAGGAGGAAGAGGAAGGUGAGCAGGAGGAAGGGGAGGACGAUGGAGACAGCGCCAACGGAGACCAUUCUUAAACGCGGCAGACACCGGACACGCAUGCAUGCUCACCGUGAGAUAUAGAGUAGAUCCUCUGACCUUUAAUGCACACUUAGUUUUAUUUUAUAAGUCCAGAACAAUAACUAAGACUCUGUGGAUCAUGAAAAUCAAGCUCUUUAGAUAAGUCGCAUGAACCCCUGACUACAGCCACCUUUCCAUGAGAUCUCAUAAUUCUUUGCAUUAAAAAUGGUUGAGCGCUUUAGGAUUGAGAAAAUACUUUUGAUUGUAGUGAAAUCUCCUUCCUUGGUGUGCCAUUGAACACUUUUGCUGCCAAGCUGUUUUAAAGACUGGCAACCCAACAGCUUGAUUGUGUUUGCGAACAUUUGGAGGAGGAACCACUUAGAACUGCCAUGAUUGGAUCUUACCAAAAUAUCAGUUAUAGGUUGUGUUUAGAUGAACGUUAAAGCAAAAAAGUAAGUAGGUUCAUAACUUUUCAACCCCUUACUUACUAUAACUUUCCUGAACCACUAAUGUAGGUCUGCUGGGUGGGACGGUGGUUUAGUGAUUGACACAUUGAUGAGCCAAUCAGAAUGCAUCAAAUCUAGAGAUUAGAGCCCUUAAAGAGACACUAACGCAUUUUGGACGUUUAAACCUUGUUAAUUGGUUUUCUCUUACCUUAAGCUGCUAGUAAAAACAAAUUAGAUUGUCGUGUCUAGAAAACAAUUGCUCUUCCACUUCAGGCACGUUCGGGUUCUUCUUCUCUGGUGAUUUUAAAGUCUUACAUUGCUGCGUGUGUUACGGUGGCUGGAGAUCGGGAGCGUUCAGUCAUGUUCUUGAGCUCAUUCAUUCUUUAAAGCAACCUGUGCGGAUUGUUCUUGCACAGAUACUCUCAAAUACUCAAACGUCUUGUCUUCACCAAUGCUUUCCAUGAUUCUUGUGGUUGUGAGACCCUUCUGUGCGGAUUUUCAAUCUUAAGUGCACUGUUGAUAGUCGUCGUCAUCUCCAACACGUACAAGUCAAAUAGAUUAUUUUGGGUUUUUGAGUCCCAAAGCUCUUGACUGACUUUAGCUAACCAAACCCGUUCAUUUGCGUGCGUGCGCUGCUUCAGGCAAAGCAAUGUCCCCGUAGGACUUGUUUUGGAAAUAAAUGUAGUUACUCGUCCUGACCAGUUGGCGGCAGCGUGGCCCCGUUCUGUUAUUUAACCUCACAGAAAUACUGCUUGAUUGAACUGUUUUUUAUUCCAUAUGUGGUCACUGAAUGUGUGAGAAUAAGUUUGGAUUGUACAGUAAAUGUCAUUUUACCUGUCGGUUUGUAUCUGUGUACAGUGACACUAAGAGGUGAGUUUACUUCUGGUAAACAAAAGAUGUGUUUGUAGCCGUUUUUUUAUUUCCGUUCUGUUUGUCUUUCGUUUGGUCCGUGUAAUGAGUUUCAAUAAAACUACAAAUGUUCAUGA